AUGAAACGGCAACUAUUGAAGAGCGAGCUGAACUCGUCAGACUGGUUAUCUUCUUCUCUUUCUCUGGGAGCAUCGAGUACUUUCACUGAUUAUGAGAUGGAUUUCGAAGCUCCACCACCUUUCACUGGAGCAUUAGAGGAGCCUCCUGAUGUGGAAUGUGAUAUACGUAUGACGGUGGACGACGAAGAUGAAGACGAACUUCCCGAUAUUCCAUCUGAUUUGCCUAUAACCUUUCCUCCAGCUGCUUCCCCACCAACGAUUUCGUUUGAGAAGCCGAAGUCAUCAGAAGUUGUUUCACCAAGCGAUUCGUAUCCUUCCACUGCUAAUUUUCCACUUUUUCCAAUUGCGAAUGGAUUACCAGAGACUAUAGAUGUGCCGACAGUUACCGGUCAUGAUAACUAUCCAGAGGCAAACACAUCUCAUGUGUUCACUUCUGCUUCUCAAGCAGCGGAAUGCGAUCAUCGACGGGACGAUGUUUGCACUGAUGAAGUGUCAUGUGAAGAUGACGAUUUCGAUGAUUUCGGAGAUUUCGCUUGCGUAAAAGGCGAAGAUGCUGAAACGGAAGAAGCUGGUUCUUCGAAUAAAGUGGAGCCUGAAAAAAUGAAAUCUGAUUCGAAGACCUCUGUCCAGCGGAAUCAGGAGAAAGAUCACAAUUCACAAACGAACUAUGACGGCGAGCAGAUUGCUGAACCGAAUGGCUUAAGUGCAGAGGCGAAACCCAGAGAUGACGACGAGUGGUCUGCGGAUUUUGCUUUCUGUGGUGAAAUAAGUGUUGGCGAAGGACCAAGAGAGACAAUAAAUUCCAAAACUGCUGAUGUUUCAUCCAGUGCAGAAUCGUGCCCUAUUUUGGAUGAAUUAUGUGACUGUUCGAAUCUUUGGGACGUAGAGAACGAAAUAGGCAAUGAUGAGGCAUAUGAUAUCAGUGCUAUGCUCGAUGCUGACAAACCUGUCAUCUUAAAGAACGAAAAGAACGAGUCCGCGUCAUUAGAUCGUAGCUUUCAUCUUUGGUUCGCCCUGAGAAUUGUGGAAGAUGCGUUGGCGCUUAAAUUUGAAUGGAAAAAUGCUGAACAUGGAGAGAACCUUUAUAAAGCGCUUGCGAUAGAUCCGAAGGCUGUAGGACGGGGAUCAUUACCUCCUCUCUCUUCUGGAACUGUUCUUGAACCAACACCAUUCAUUGCAAAUGGAACUGCACGCCGAUCUGUUAUCAUUUCUCGAGAAGGAGCCCACGACGCGAAGGUGUUCAGGUCCGAAUCAACUAUCAAUGCACUUCAAUCGAGGAAUCUUUCCACCGCAGCCGAGUCGCCUUCAAUUCCACAAGCUGACUUUGAUUGGGAUAAAUCAGGUUUAACGAACCCGACGAAAGCAUCGAAUCGAUCUUCGGCGUUGCUUGAUGUAGAUUUCUUGUCUGCAAACAGUGGAAGUGGUAGUUCUUCAACGAUAUCUACGCUACAAAAAGAAUUGGAUCAACUAGGACUUUCAAAUUCAUCAUCUCAGAUGUUAAAGAAACCUUCAAGUCAACCCUCCAUGUUGGAUGUAUUAAUGGCAUCGGCAGCGAAACCUGAUGGAAGAAUAAACCGGCCUCCAUCUGAGUUGUCACUGGAUGCACGUGCUCUGCAUGAUCAGCUGCCAGACAUCGAGUUCUUGCGAGCCAACAUGAUCAUGUUUCCAAUGGGGGGAACUGGUUGUAACCAACCAUGA